UUGGAACAUAAAACGCACAUCAACAAAAAUCACUGGUAUAAAAAAAUUGUAGAAGAUGAACAUCUUGUCUCAAAUUUAGAAGCACAAUCAUUGCUGGAAAAUAAAACGGACCAAAUUAUUCGGUGGCCAGAAUUUUUAUGGCUAUAUCCUAAAAUGAAUUAAAAUGCCAAACUCUUUGACUCUGGAUACAACUAUCGAGCAUGGAUUUUCUCUCCGCUCUCCUCAAGAGGGAGCGAAGUUAGGAUUCUUUGAGACUGAAGAUGGAGUUGAAAACGGGGAGAAUGUUUUUGUGUUUGUGGUGCACUAUGAUUUUAAGGGUUGCGCAGGGGAUUGGCCUCGGCCAGGAAACAACAAAGACGUUGAAAAUUUGAGGGAAACUUUUGGAGAAAAAAGGAGUUGCAGAUUCCGCGAGUGGUCGUCACCAAGAAAGGAAGACUUUUUGACUCUGCUCGCUAACGAGAAUAAACUAAAAAGAUACUUUGCCUCUGAAGAUGAUGCACCAUCCGUGUUCGUUUUGUACGUUUUGUCUCAUGGAGAUGAAGACGGGGUUAUUUACACAGACACCCCUUACUACCUCAAUCAAUACGAGACAUUCAACACCAAGGACGUUUUUGAUUCUUUAGAGCAUGUUUUUUCUAAGAGCCUUAAAUUUAUAUUUCUUGGGCCCUGCAGAGGAAAGGUGGAUGACAAAGUUUUUAAUCCUAACGACGGCCAGUUGCCAAAUAAAAAUUCAUGCAGAGUCUCAUUUGAGCCAAAAGCGCGCAAUUUGAUCAUCCUUUACUCAACUGUUGAGACCACAGCGGCAAAGAGGGAUGACGGAGGUACCUGGAUGGUGAAAUUUUCGUGCGAUCAGUUGAACGAGAUGAGGAAAAACGAAAGUGUUACAAAGUUUUUGACAGGUGUGCAAAACAGAAUUCACACUGAGACGACAAUGUUUCGAAACCAAGGGCAGACGCCCGAAUUGAAAAUGAAUUCACAAGACAGAAAAUUCACUUUUUCAUGUCUUGAUAAAAAAAUCUUAGCAAGUUCGUCGCGAACUGGGACGGAUGCCAAAGGGACAAAUCCUAGCGUGGAAAGCGUCAAAUUUGAAGAAUCGCGUUCGAUUAAUUUUGAUUGGUGGAACCCGAUUUCAAAAACGGUGCUCAGAGGAAGACGCGCAGUGAUUUUCCAUCAAGGAAGCGAGAAUAAUGAUCAGAUUAAAAGUCUUGAUUGUGCUUUGAUAAAAAAUCUUGGAUUUGAAACAAUCACUGCGAAACUCAACGAGGCAGGACUAAAUCAUUACUGCAACAAAUUAGAAAAUGCAUGUUGGGAUGAUUACGGUUGUUUUGCGGCCUUUACUUUUGCCGAGAUAUUAGAACGGGAAGAUGGAGAUGUUUGCAUUCGCCUCGAUGAAAUUGAAAUUAAAUCGGUCGGUGAUUUCAUCCAUGGACUUCUGGGGCCAAAAAACGACGCUUGGAUCGGCAAACCAAAGCUUUUCUUUUUUUAUUGAUACAAAAUACACGGCUGCGGACAGCAAUGCAAGUGCAGAGACUGAAAAGUUUAAAAAAUGCAUCAGGGCCACUAAUCAUAGCGGCUGGCUAGCAUUUUAUCUCCAGGACAAAGAUAUCAUCCAAGCAUUUUUAAACGUCUUUAAAAGGGAGGAAAUCAAGAGCACGAUAAGCUUGCAAGAGUUACUGAGUGAUUUACUUGUGAGACCAAAUUGCGCUACUGAGUUGAAAGCAAUGCUUGUUUCUACUUUGCCGCACUUAUUGCUUUUUCCAGAGGUGGAAAGAAAUUUCAUCCUACCCAACUUUAACAUAACAGUCGGUCAUUUCGGAUGCAACACAAUCGAUUAUACAACAUUGAUGAAUUACGCAAUGCAAGUAAAAGAAAACAAAAUUUGGCUUCUGUCUUCACUCCCAGGAUCUGGAAAGUCUACAGUGAUGCGCGAAAUCGCGUUUGAACUGCAACAAGAACUAGAAAUUGGUUUCAAAGUUUUCACAGUCGUUCUUUUUCGCGUCUACAGGUUUUUCUCUGAAGCUAAAAAGAUGAAGUUAAAACCACCUUUCCUUGCCUCUAUUGUCGCUCAUGCAACAGGAAACCAAGAGGAAGAUGUUCAGAAUUAUAUUGCAGAAGAGAGAAUUGUAUUGAUGUUUGAUGGUUUUGACGAAAUCUGCCCAAAACACCGAGAACAAGUGCUCAACUUGUUUGUAGAAGCGGUAGAACGAAACGUUCCAAUUUGGAUUUCAACAAGACCGAACGAGGAAGAAGCAAUUCUUGCCAAAAUGGGUGAAGUUCAAAGGGCUAGCAUUCGUCCCCUCAGUGAUUUUCAGCAGAUGCAACUAUUCAAGAUGAUUUCUAAUAAACACGAAGAAGAGUGCAAGCUCCAGAUAAAAUUCUACCAUCAUGUUGGAUCGGGCGAUAUUCUUGGCAACCCUCUUCAUUUAAAAUUGAUUGCUGGAAGUGAGAGCAAUGAUUGCGAUUUUUCAAGUGGAAUGCAUUUGUAUGGCAUUUACAAAAAAAUCGUUGACAAGAAAUUGCGACUUGCUUUGAGUGAUAUGGAUCAAAAACACCCGCGUUUUGAGGAUGAACUUGAGGAUAGUAUAAAAGAACUCGAAGAGUUUUCUGCCGAGUUCCUUUGCAACGGUUACAGUUCGAAACCGCUGAAAACUAAAAACAAUGGAAUAGUUAUUGUCCACGAUGAAAAAGUCCAAUUCGUCCACCAAACUUUCGCGGAAUUCUUUGCCGCUGGACAUUAUAUCAGUUGUCUGAUAGAAGAAAAACAGAUUCCCUUUGAUUUAUUCAGAGAAGGGUUCCAACAAGUUCGUAAGUUUGUUGAAAUAAAAAUGUCUACAAUGCUGAAUGAUGAACCUGAAUUCCUUGAAUCAGUAGAAAAUGAUUUAUACUCCAGAAAAACGGAAGUCUUGAAAAUCAUCAUCAAUGAAAAUCUGCCAACAAUGUACAACAUCUUAAAAACUCAAGUCACUUUUGGGAAGACUGGAAAACAGGGCUUAAUUCAUUUUGCUGAAAGUGAUGAAAUUAUUAAGAAUGCUUGUGAAAAAAGCGAAGUUAUCGCAUUGAGCUUUUUUGAUUUAGGCGCAUUUGAAUGUUUAAAAGAACCUCAUGAAACUGUCAUCAAAAUACUUGCUAGUGCACUUAGGAACAAUUAUUUGGGUCUCUUUUCUACACUGGAAGAAAAGUGUACACAAGCACAAUUAUGCUUGGUGGAUCUAGCUCGUCAAAAUGAAAUAAUACAGAACGCUGUGAUAAUUACAGCUUCAGAGAAUUAUCACAAGAUGAUGAGAUUGAUGCUUGACAAAGGAAUGUUUGACCCGCGUUAUGAAUCUUUUGUUCUAGAGGCUGCAGUGAAGAAUAAUAGUGUUGAUUGUGUUGAGCUGCUGAUUGAUCAUGGUGCGCUUACUGAGAAUUAUUUUAUUAAUUUCAGUGGAUCCAUGAACCACAUAUAUCCGCCUUUAAAAUUGAACACGUUGAAGGCACUACUCAUCAAAAUGAAAACAGAAUCUGCUGAAAAAUUAGCAGCCGAAAUUUUCAAAUACUGCCUGUCAUUUGAAAUUGUAGAAGUGGCCGAGUUUUUGCACGCAACGUACCACGACCUGCGUCCUGAAGCUUUUGCAGUUGACGGACUUGUGUUGUUGAGGGUAGCAGCUGGAUCACAAUUUGAAGUUGCAACCGCUAUGUGCCGCUGGCUGGUUAAAAAAGUUGGGCUCAAAGUGAGGGAUUAUUGUGAUAUGAAUGGACUAAAUGCUUUUCAACUUGCGGUCAAAGUUGGAAAUUUGGAGUUAGUCAAGUUUUUCCUCAAAAGAGAGCCAUGGUUUAUACAUUUCUUCACCGACACAGGUGAAAGCGUCGUUCACUUAUCAGCUCAAAUUGAGAGUGAGAACUCCUCUGGGGAAAAAAAUGUAUGUAACAUGAUUGCAUUUCUGCACAAGGCGGACAAUCAGUUAAUUCAUCAACAUACAGCUCUAAGCCAAACAGCAUUGCAUUUCGCAGCGAAAGCAGCUAAUUAUGAAUUGUGCAAAUUUUUAGUGGAAGAAAGUGUUGACCUCUCUGUUUUAGACUAUAAAAGGUGGAAUGCAGCGCACUACGCGGCUAAAUCAUUUUGUUUCUCCAGAUCAGAAAGAAUAAUUUGUUAUUUUCAACGAAAAAAUCCAGAAUUUAUCAAGGAUGUAACGCUUGAUGGAAGUACGUUGCUUCACAUCGCUGCUCAAAAUUGGGCAGCAGACAGGAAAGCAUUUGAAAGGUUGAUGGUGUCAACAGGCCUGGAUUUGAGAGCCGUGGACAGUGACGGAUGGAAUGCAAUUCACAUGGCAGCGAGUAUCGGAUAUGAUGAAAUGGUCAAAAUGUUAGUUAAUAUCGAUCCUGAGCUCAUUAACUCAUUGACCAAUGAAGGUGAAAACGUCAUGCACUUGUUGACAGGAUGUCAGAGAUAUUUCAAAGACGAUUUUAAAUAUCUACAUCAGUAUAAUGGAGAUUUGAUCAAGCAAAAAACCAAGACAAAUAGAACCGUGCUCCAUUAUGCUGCAGGAUUUAGUCAUGCGGCGUUUUGCUUUUGGUUAUGUGAAAAGGGUGUUGAAACGGACUCGGUGGACAAAAAUGGUUGGAACUGUCUACAUUUUUCCGCUAGUAAUACCAAUCAUCAGGAGGCAUUAGCAAUAUCAGAAUAUUUGAACAAAAUAAAUUCCUUACUGAUUAGGCAACUGACCAAAAGGAACGAAACUGCACUGCAUAUUGCGGCUAAAUUGGGAAAUUACAAACUAUGUAAGUUCCUUAUUGAAAGUGGCGUCAAUGCUGCAGUGCCAGAUGUAGCAGGGCAAACCGCUUUUCAAUUAAUAAAUGACGUUCACGUCAGGGAACAAUUACAUGCAUAUAACAUGUUGGAGUGAUCUGUAAGGAUUUUACACUUUAAGAAAGAUUUAAUUACAAAUUAUUA